UCAGAACGAAGUAAGAGCAGAACAAAACUGACGAAAUGGACCACAGGUUUAUCUUUGUGUGUCUCUUCGCUAGUACAUGCGCUCAGUCUGAUUCUGGAGAGAAACCAGGCACCUGUCCAUCGGCAUCUCUUGGAACGAAUUGUUUUUGUAGUCCUGGGUAUGAUGGAUGUAACGGUGAUUACAGCUGCCCUGGAAUUCAGAAAUGCUUUGACCAGGGUUGUACAUGUGGAGAAAUGUGUGUAUAUCCCGUAGAGGCAGACAUCUACACAUAUCGACCAGGACACUCUGACUUUGUAUGCUUCCUUCCAAAGGAAGGAGAACGCAGCCCUAAUUGUUCCGGAUAUUUCCCAAGAUGGUGGUACAAUUGGCGGACUAAACAGUGUGAACAAUUUAUCUACGGUGGAUGCCGCGGAAACGAAAACAACUUCGAGACAAUACAAGAGUGUGAAAGACAAUGUAAACCAUCAGAUAUUCCCGACGAUAAUGAAGAUCAAGAAUGAUGUUCCUCGCCUGUUGAAUAAAUUGCAAUAGAAAAUGUUUUGUGUUCUUAAUUUUCAA